AGUUUUUCUUCAUCUGUCUUUGGUGGAUAUUUUCUUGUCUCCAAAAUGGAUCCAAGUCACAGCACAACAGCCAAAGAGGAGCUGGUCUCAGUGGAAAACCCAAAAUCACAAAACCCAAAGCUUUCUCUUCAAAUUUGGAGAUCAUUUGAAGAACAAUACCCACCUGGCUUUCUCAAGAAGGUUAUUGCAGAAAUUAUAGCAACCUAUCUAUUGGUGUUUGUGACAUGUGGGUCAGCUGCCCUUAGUGCAAGUGAUGAACACAAGGUCUCAAAGCUUGGAGCAUCAGUCGCUGGUGGACUCAUUGUGACUGUCAUGAUAUAUGCAGUUGGACACAUCUCUGGUGCACACAUGAACCCAGCUGUGACUCUGGCUUUCGCCUGUGUAAAACAAUUUCCAUGGAAACAGGUUCCAUGUUAUGCUGCAGCUCAAUUUACAGGGGCAAUUUCUGCUGGUUUUACACUGCAAGUGCUGCUCAAACCUAUAAAACACCUUGGCACCACAGCACCUUCUGGGACGGACAUUCAAGCUUUGAUCAUGGAAAUAGUUGUUACUUUUUCUAUGAUGUUCGUUAAUUCAUCCAUGGCAACUGAUGCUAAAGCUGUAGGUGAACUGGCAGGUAUUGUAGUUGGUUGUGCUGUAUGCAUAACAUCAAUCAUAGCAGGGCCAAUAUCUGGAGGAUCAAUGAACCCAGCAAGGUCCAUAGGUCCAGCUCUUGCUAGUGCAUACUACAAGGGAAUAUGGGUUUAUGUUGUUGGACCAGUGACGGGAACACUCUUAGGUGCACUGUCAUAUAACCUGAUUCGGGACGCCAAUGAGCCUCUCCAAACAACUUCCCCGGGUUCAGUUUCCUUCAAAAUCCACCGAAGGAAGUGCCACAAUGAGCAUAUUGAUGACAAAGGCUCCUGUGAUCUUUUAAGGAACCAACUGGUCGUAUGAAUUGUUAGUAUCUGUGCAUAGUUCAAAGUUUAAGUUUAAUAUGUUUUCCCAAG